AUGUCAGAUAACGAAGCAUUCAACGAAGGAGCUGAAAACUAUGAAGACUUUGAUCAACCUGAUCACUUCUCCGAAACUGAAUUCGAUGAACCUGUUGAAGAAGAACCAAAAACUGAAGAUGGUAAAACCAUCAUAAAUGGUGGAAUGGGACCUGAUGAUAAACCAAGACAAAAAACUACUGCUGAAUUAGCUAUACCAAAAGAUAAAAGAACCACCACCCCUUAUAUGACAAAGUAUGAAAGAGCCAGAGUUUUGGGUACCAGAGCUUUACAAAUCUCUUUGAAUGCUCCAGUUUUAGUUGAUAUUGAAGGUGAAACCGAUCCUUUACAAAUUGCCAUGAAAGAAUUAUCUCAAAGAAAGAUUCCUUUAGUUAUCAGAAGAUAUUUACCUGAUGGAUCUUUUGAAGAUUGGGGAUGUGAUGAAUUGAUCAUCGAUGCUUAA